UCAAUCAAAGGAUUUACCACUUGAGCUAGAAAGAACUAAUGAAAUACUGGUUUAAGAGCGGAUGUAGAAGGUUUUGUUAUUUAGUAAAUCCAGUAGGUUGUGAUUGUGAGAUCGAUGAUUCGAUGAUAGCACCCCUUGCAUGCUUGAAGCAUAUCGGAUGUUGGGAGCCAAUAACAAGAAAGCUGUGGAGUACAACUAAGACAAGACAGCCUUUGUCGAGUGCACUUGAUUUCUACGUACCAACCUCAAGUGAAUUUCAAAUACAGAAUCGGUCACAUGGGUGACAACUUCCGAUGGACCCAGGCUCUUUGACACAAAGGCACUUUCACAACCAGGCGAAUGUUAGGUGACAAUAUUGGCUUUUCUUAGGAAGAACUUUACGUCUCAAGAUUCUGCAGCGUUGCUAAAAAGGAAAAAUAAUUUGGAAUUUGGUUCAAUAGCAUGCGAUUGCAGAUAAUGUAGAAAUUUGUCAUAUGGAAAAUCAAAAUGGCUUUUCGAGGAAUACUUGCAUUGAUCUUCUUGAGCACAGGGUACACGGCAGCAAACUACACAUUCAUUUACACGCCAGGCCCUGUUGUUUACUUCACACCGCCGGAGAAAGUAGAGCUAAGAUGGACGGUCCCGAGCAUUCAUCCGAUCUUCCGGAUUCAAUUUGAGAAGUACUUCCCGGAAUAUGAGACUUUCAAUCAGUACAUUAUCACAAUACCGAAAUUCAAUUAUUUGUGGAUUGGUAUCUACCGAGACCGGUUGGACUACCAUGAACAAAUGACAAUGCGGUUCAACAGUACAAUACUUUCUGAUCAAGGGGUCUUUAGAUGCAAGGUGAUGUUUGAUGGUGCUGGCGUGGAAAUAUCAUCCGAUACAGAUCUUCGAAUACGUCCCUCUUCCCUGAUUCAACAGCCUGCAGCAACCUCUUCCCUGAUCCAACAGCCUGCAGCAACCUCCAGUUGGUUUAAUGCUUUGAAUUCAGUAACCAACAGUGUGAUUACGUCACAGACAAAUCAAUCCUCAAUGCAAGUCCUUAAAGCAUCAACGUAUUUCAAUUCUGAUGUCCUUAUACAACUGACAUCACAAUACAACAAAAUAUCUCGUUCAACGCUCUACAAUUCCGACUUAGCGUUGAGCACAUUAGGCCAAUCCACUUUAUCGUUGCUAAAAUCAAGCAAGGCUUCAUUAUCGGCUGCUGUUGGGGUUUCAGCGAAUUCAACAAUGGUUAAGAGCAUUGAAUCUUCUAAGCUCCAACAAACAAGUAUAUAUUCAGCGUUACACGAAGCGAUGAUGUUAACCUCUUUUGCGAUUUCAAGUACGAAGAUGAUCCAAAUUUUCACUUCCCAACUCAAAACUCUACAGAGCUCGAGCAGCAGUGUGUCAGAAUACAAUUCCGAUUCUCUGUUAACAUCGUCGUCCUUAAUUUCUAAAGCUCUUGAUAAAACAACUCUAAAAAGCUCCUCCGCACCCACAUCGACUGCUGCAACGAUAUCUUCUAUUCUUAGAGUUUUGAACAGCACCAGAUCGGUGGAUUCCAAAAGCAUCAGUUUUUAUUCUGACUCUGUGCAAGAUAGAACUAGCUAUACAAGCAAGUCUACAAAAAACACCCAAUUCUAUUCUGACACAGUGAAGGAAGGAACUAGCUAUAAAAGCAAGUCUACAAAAAGCAACAUUUUGUACCCUGACUCAGUUCACAAAAGCGCUUAUAACAUUAGUAAGUCAUCAAUUUAUUCACAUACGAGUUCGGAGCUAAAAAAAUCAUCUUGGGACACAAAUGUACAAAGAAGCUCGAGGAUACCCAAUACCAAAGUUACCCACAGUGACAACGUUUUGAAGACCUCAGAUAUGUCAAUGACAAAAUUUGAACAAACGAAAAGUUCUACUUACCCGUCAAAAAUUACUCCAAGCACAUCCCAUCUUUCGCAUACCACAGAACAGACAGAGCCAGUGAUGCAGCACACGAUAUCCUACAUUUCUGCCUCCACCUUGAAAACUCCAAAAUUGACGGUAACAACAUUGCAGCAAAUGGGAGGAAUCUCUAGCUACAAAGCUCAGUAUACUCGGAGGUUAUCAUAUUCUUCUCGUUUGCUUCCAACGGCCACUUUAAGAAACAAACAAGCUACACCAAGAAAACAACUAUCUGACAAAGAGAUAGGCCUUUCUGUCGGUCUGCCCGUUGCUUUUGUCUUUCUUCUCGGCCUCACAGUAUGGUUCUUUUUCAUGAAAUCCAAAGUAUUCACGUCCAGAGUGUGUCCGAAAUCGCACACUGAAAAGGCUGACAACUUGGAAGCGGUAGUAGCACUUAAAUACAUCCCAAAAGAUGAUUAA